CAAAAAUUUAGAUUUCGAUUCUAUUACCCAAUGGCGGAGGAAGAUUCAGCAGCAGCAGCAGCAGCAGCAUCUUACAUCCCCUACCUUCACUCCCAAACCCUAACUCCCCACUUCCACGCCGUCUCCUCCGUGAAAUUCUCCUCCGAUGGCCGCCUCCUCGCUUCAGCCUCCGCCGACCAGACAAUCCGCACUUACACCAUCAACCCCAACGGAGACCCCAUCGCCGAGCCCGCACAAGUCUUCACCGGCCACGACUCCGGCAUCUCCGACGUCGCCUUCUCCUCCGACGCCAGGUUCAUCGUCUCGGCCUCCGACGACAAAACCCUAAAGCUCUGGGACGUCGAGACCGGGUCCCUGAUGAAGACCCUUCACGGGCACACUAACUUCGUCUUCUGCGUCAACUUCAAUCCGCAAUCCAACAUGAUCGCGUCUGGCUCCUUCGACGAGACUGUUCGGAUCUGGGAUGUGCAAACCGGCAAGUGCUUGAAAGUUCUUCCCGCGCAUUCGGAUCCCGUCACCGCCGUGGAUUUCCAUCGCGACGGGUCUCUUAUUGUUUCGAGUAGCUACGAUGGGUUGUGUCGGAUUUGGGAUUCAGGGACGGGGCACUGUGUCAAGACUCUGAUGGAUGAUGAGAAUCCUCCUGUUUCCUUCGUUAGGUUCUCCCCCAACGGCAAGUUCAUCCUCGUCGGCACUCUCGAUAACACGCUGAGGUUGUGGAACAUUUCUUCUGCUAAAUACAUCAAAACAUACACUGGCCAUGCCAACUCUCAGUACUCCGUCUCCUCUGCGUUUUCCGUCACAAAUGGAAAGCGAAUAGUCAGUGGAUCCGAGGACAAGUGUGUAUACAUGUGGGAGCUGAACUCCAGGAAUUUACUUCAGAAACUUGAGGGUCAUACUGAGCCUGUCAUGAGCGUGGCUUGCCACCCGACUGAGAACAUGAUCGCAUCAGGCUCGCUGGACAAGUCUAUAAGAAUUUGGGCACAGAAGAAAUAAUGAAACAGGAAUCUCUCUUCAGAACCCCCAUCCAUGUAAACCUCUCCAUCUUGUAAUCUUGUAGUGCUCACUUUCUUAGUUUGAGCCUAGUUAGAUUGGUUCUAGUUUCGCAGUUGUGCGACUCAGAAUUAAUGUUUAGGUAAGGGCUUAAGGCAAAGAAACUUCUUCGAAUGACUUGAGAAAGUGAACACAAAUCUUCUUAGUUACAGGUUUUCCCUUUUCUUUUCAUUUUGUUUAUCAACCUAUUGUCUAGUUUCUUUGUGUUCCCCCGAAUGUUAUUGAUUUUAAAGUAUUUCAAGGUUAAUAAUUGUUCAUACGA